UCAGACCCUGUUUUGUCUCCACAGACGGGGACAUGGAGAGGAUGAGUGUGGAGCAGCUCCACCGCUCCACCUUAGACGUCUAUUCUCACUUGUUGGACGAGUUCAACCCGAGUUUACACAGACUGGUGUCUCUGGGGGACGGAUACGUUCAGGCGUUUCAAGCUUUGGCUGUAAAAAGUGACGCCUACUUCACUGCCCUGUCCAGAGUGGGAGAGCGGGCCUUCCACUCUCGAUCUUUAGGGGAUGUCUUGGUCCAAAUCUCUGAGAGUCAGAGGAGACUCACGUCUGAACUUGAGGGAAUCUUCCGCUGGUUCCAGGUGGAGGUUCUGCAGGAGAUGGACAACAACGUGAGGAUGGACGUAGAUUACAUCGCGGGCAGCAAGAACCGGUACGAGCUGGAGGUGCGGAGCCAGGCGGCCGCCGCGGACAAACAGCACCGCAGGGACAGGACGAGACAGGACGAGCACCUGCACUUCCUCAGAGAGAGUCACGGCGACGCCCUGCAGGAGGAGGAGCGCCGCUACCGCUUCUUAACCGAGAAACACUGUCGCUUCAUCCAGUCGUUCUCACGUCUCAUGACCCAGACUGGGGGGUCGCUGCAGCAGAGAGCAGAAGUGUGGACAGAGAAGGCCAGCGCCACCCGGAGGCAGGAGGCGAGAGCGCAGCCUGUGGAGAUUCACAGAGGCAGAGAGGAGCUCGGGCGUGUCCCAUCCAGAGCUCCAUCUCCAGAGAACCGGCUCCGUUUGGGCUCCAGCUCCGACUCACAGGGCGGAGGAGGCGGAGGAGGUGGUGGAGGAGGAGGCGGAGGAGGACGGGCCAUGAGGACUCUGGCCGCGCACCAACCGAGCAGCGCCAACCCCACCCUCCUGCCCUUCAACAAAGGAGAACUUAUCAACGUCCUGGUGCAGCAGCCCAGGAACGGGUGGCUGUACGGGCGCGCCGAGUCCCCGCCACGUUCUGGUUGGUUCCCUGCGUCUUACGUGGCAUCUCUGGACGAUCCUCCGAAAUCACCAAUGUCGAGUAACUCAUCUAUCCGAAGCACCAGCAGCAUGUCCAGCCUCCUCAGCCAAUCAGGAAGCAGCACCCACAGCCCAGCCCCGCCCCCUAUGGCCCCUCCUCCGCCGCCAUCGCUCUCGUCAGUACCGUCCAAUAAACCAGCGAAAACCCAGCCGAGGUCGUCUUCACAGAGCAAGGGACCCGAAGCUCCGCCAGCGCCGCCGCCGCCGCCGCCACAUCCUCAACUCUUCCCCAGGGGAACCAACCCGUUUGCAACCGUGAAGCUGAAGCCGACGAUGACCAACGAUCGAUCUGCGCCGAAGCUAACACGCUAACACAUUUUUGGAAAACGUAAACAUUAUCUGACUGUAAAUAUGCAAAUUUUUGUUGAACUUCCAUUAAAUUCUCGCAAAUGCAUUCGUAAAAAUCGCAAUUAACGAAGUGAAAAAGUCGUGCGUGAAGGUGGACGGCGUAAAAGUCGGCUACGCGCCACGGAGCGUUUAGCAGCGGAGGCUAAAAUCAUCUCAGCGUGUCCCUCAAAACUCACACAUUAUGCAUCAAUUUGACACUAUUUUGUUCAAUAAACGCAACAGAAAACUCCCGAAAAACGUCAUCAUAUUUACGACAAAAACGUGUAAAGUCCGAGAUUCAUUUACGUAUGAAAACCGCCGUAGCCGCGUCGUUUUAUUUGAACUUAAUGGACACCGAAUCCAGAUUAAUUGGCGUUAAGUCGUGCCGCGCAGAGUCAUUCAUUUUGUUUUCGAAUAUAAAAGCGCAGGGAAAAUGAGGAACCGUCUGUGCGUUCAUGUUUGUGUCAUAUAAGAAGACGAUUUAACGUGCAAUAACGGCGAUUUACGUGAUUUUUUUGUGUAGUUCGCUCAGGUAACAGUGUAAAUACAGUUCUGUCAAUGUAUUUUAAUUAUAUAUUUUGAUAAUUUUUGGAUUAACGUGGAACCAGGUUUUUAUUAAUCAUCAGUGCUUUUCUUUUAGUAGAUUUUUUAACAAAUUUUACCAAUGAAUUUUUUUUUUUUUUACAAUUCCCCUGUGUUUAAAAUGUGACUUUUGAUAAUAAACUCUGUCCUGACUUGACUCGGCUGAGCGUCGUUAAACGUGUCGCUCUCCAAACCGUCGGCGGAGUUUGCUGGAGCUUAAAUAUCCGUGUGCUCUCAGGCGGGAAAAGUUAGAAGAAGUUACUCCCACGAUGCCGCCUCUCCUCUUCCUCCGUCGGGGAUACUUAACCCAAAUUGAACCCCAGUGUGAAUCCGAUUCUGCUAAUGGCUCCACAGUGAGUGAGUCUGAAA